GACUGUGGCUGUCUGUAGAGUACCUGCUUCUCUUUUACAGAGAAGUCCAGAGAAAGUUGCUGUUUUGUUUUUUUAUGUUCUGCGGAUGUUUCAGCAGCUCCACACAAAACACACGGAGCCAGUAAAGAAGAUUGAACACAGGACGCGGCGCAGCGUGGCACCUCCAUUGUUGGCACGUGGCUGAGCGCAGAUUACGCAACAACUGCAGAAUGGAUUUUUACAAAACUUGGAGUAAUGGGCCAAGAAAGAACACAUACAAUUUUGACAUGGAUCAAGACAAAGUGCCUCACAAAGCCACAUAGAGAAGAGGUGUGAAGAUGGCUCCCACACGUCACUUUGAUGGAUAAUCCUGCUGAGACCCAGUCAGCAAUCAUCUAUAAUGUAUGAAACGUCCAUUCAGCCCAUCAGCUUUGCCCAACACCGACCUGGACAGGAGGGGGUUUGGUGCAGUGCUGGGAGGUCAGAUGGAUGUGGAGCCUUGCUGCGAAACCCAGGAUGAGGGUGCAGUACCGGACGAGCACUCACCGGGGGGCGCCCUGCCUGCUGCACUCUGCAGACCCAAAAGGGAGAGGAAGCUGCGCAGCUACACGCUGUGUGAGGUCUGCAACAUCCAGCUCAACUCAGCUGCACAGGCCCAAAUUCACUACAAUGGCAAAUCCCACCAGAAGAGACUCAAGCAGAUCAGCAAUGGCAAGAUGCCAAGCACCACAGGUACGUCGGCCCAGGGUAGCUCCCUCCUCGCUUCCCUCCCCAUCCCAGGACGGCCUCUUCAGCCUCAACUCGACCUCAAACACCUCCUGCCAUUCAGGCUCAAUGGAUCCUCCCCCCUUAGCCUCUUCCCUAACUUUAAUACGAUGGACCCUGUCCAGAAGGCAGUGAUCAACCACACGUUCGGUGUCCCUCAGCCCCUCAAGAAGAAACAGAUUAUCUCCUGCAACAUUUGCCACCUGCGCUUUAACUCGACGAACCAAGCGGAAGCCCACUAUAAGGGCCACAAACACGCCCGCAAACUCAAAGCCAUGGAGGCCCAGAAGAACAGGCAGCGGCGAUCUGGAGAGGCCUCAUUCGCAGGGAGGGAGAGAGACAGAGACCGGGAGCGAGACAGGAGCAAGACGACGUCCGAGGCAACUCUGCCUGCGCUCAUGGAUACAAGCUUGCUGGAGGGAACAGGUCUUCAAGCUGAUCUAGAACCAGCCAACCUGGAGGUGAAGCUCGAGGAGAGUCCCCGGAGCUCCGCGAUGCUGACGCCAGUAUCAGAGGUUUCCUCUGUUGACUUGGUCACCCUUUCCCCUCCUCAGAUCUCGCCUUCCUCACAGCUCUCUGAAACUGCCUCAGAUACCAGCGCCACAGAGGCCCUGGAGGCCCCGGAGGCCCCGGAGGCCACAGAGGCCAGCGGCCUGACUGCUGAGUCAUGCAGCCAUGCCGACACGUCUAGCACAAACGGGGAGACCAAUACAGAUGAGGACAAGGAGCCAAAGAAGAGCAAGGCUCACCUCCAUUGUCCUGUUUGUAAAGUGACAGUCAACUCCAUCUCUCAACUGGAAGCACACAACAGCGGUACAAAGCACAAACUGAUGCUGGAAGGUCAGAGUGUUGUGCCCCGACGCCGGGGCAAAGUGGUGGCAGCUCGCGCCGGGUGCAAGAGCAAGCGGCUGGGAAGCAAAGGCAGCAUCGGGGUGCCCAGCAAGAACUUCCAGUGUGAAGUGUGUGAGAUAUUUGUGAACUCUGAGACCCAGCUGAGCCAGCACAUGAACAGCAGACGGCACAAGGAUCGGCUGGCCGGAAAACCACCCAAGCCCAAAUUUACCCCCCACAGCAAGAGCCAGCCAAGCUCCAGCUUAGCGAACAUGAGAUGGAGUGGCUAUGCAGGCGUGGCUGUGUCUGCCAUGAAGAAAGCAUUCAGCCAGUACAACCUCACCUCCCUCUCCUCCCUCUCCUCGCAGACCAAACUGGCCUUGCAGAAGCAGCUGACCAAGAGCUUGACAACUGGCUUCCUGCCCAGCCCCCUCACCCCGCCAACUCUGUGCACAGUGGCAACUAACCCACUGGCCCUGCGCCACCCAAUGGGCGCCACCACCUUCAUCCAGACCCCAUUCCUGGGCCCUGCACUGUUUCGGCCUGCCCCGGGUCCGCUGCGGGCCACACACACGCCCAUCAUCUUCUCCCCCUACUAAAGACGUAACCCACCCUCCCACGUGAACUCCUCCCUUGUCCCCUUUACCGAACCCCAGGCCAACUUCAGUGUGACCCACAUGACAAAAAGGUCACAUGCAAACUAUGCAGCACGCCUGACUUAAGUUGGAAACUGUGCACAAGUCCUGACGCUCGGUAGGCCUCAAGGCCUGAGAUGUGUUCCUAUCAUAAAGGCCAAGAUUCCCUAUCAUGCCUUCUUUCUGCUCCUCUUAUCAUGACCUACGGAGCAGGACAGGCCUCCAGACAGUGACUGGUACACAGAGGCCGCCUUUAUAGCCAUUUCAUGGGUCAACAUGGUUUGGAAUCUGGAUAUAAUUGUGUAAUUUAUUAGAAAACAAAUAUAGACAAGUCUAGAUGUAUGUUUAGUGUGGUUGCCACAAAAUAUGGUCCCUUUACUUGAUGCUCUUUUAAACUGUUUUUAACUUAUUGGUUUUGGGGGGUUUUAUGAAAGGCCAGAUGAUCAUACAGUAGGUCAUUAAAUCAGCUGUAACUGGUCUAUGACUGGAGCCAGUCUCAUUGAUCUCUAUACUCUACGGUCACAUUGCAUCCUGGAUAUGGCCAUUACCAAACAACUGUCGGAACAAGUACUCCCUCUCAACGUUACACUUUUAAACAUGAGUCCUGUAUGUGGAUCUAUAACUACAUACUGUAUAGCCAUGUGCUAAAGCCCUGCUAGCACCAUUGUGUACCUCCUUUAAAACGGUUUCCCUGAGACCUUAAAAACAUUUCCUGAACUCAUUUCUUUCUGAGUCACCGUCUUAUAGUCAGUACCCUCCAGAUUUGUUUUCCUCCCCUGUAUCCGCAGGAUAAGCACUCAUUAAGGUCCAGGAAAGGUCAGCUUGUCAACUUGACUUUGUUUCAUUUUGCAAAUCUGUCCUCAGAAUGAUUCCAUAUUUUUCUUCUUUGGUCCAGUGCAUCAUCCACGCGAUGCAGCGUCAACAUUAUGUUCUCGCUAAGCUAUAGCAGCAUGAAAACCUUUUUUCUGCAGCUGUGGAUGUCUGACAUCGUAGAACACCAUAAUUUGUUUCCCCCUCAUGACUGCUCUUUGUCUUUGCCUCCCUCUUUCAACCCCGCUGUCAUCACCUCUCCACUGCCCUUGAUUUUCUCUGACAUUAUCUCAGCAUGAGAUGAUUGGGAGCUCCCCCUCUCACACACACACACACACACAUCAUGAAAACACAGCGGAUAACUUGAAGAGUUGAUGGGAUUAUUUCACCGUUCGGCAAAAAGUUUCGAUGACAGUGGGUGGGGAAGCUGCUCAGACAGCAGGCCGCUUGAUUGACAUCCCAUUGCAGUGUAUGCAUACGGUGUGGGUGGGAAAAAGAACAGUGCCAUGGCAACCACAUUAAAAGCACCUUAAUACUGAUUUACUUACAAAAGCAAUGAAAUUUGUGUUGAUAUUCAGCUCUUUUAAUCUUCGUGUGUGUUUUUACAAUCCCAUGUCGAUUUCAGUGAGAAUUUUGCUUUGGAAAAGAAAAAAAACAAUCAGGUGAGAAUGAUCACUUUGUGGUUCAUCCAUGACAAGUCUCACAUUUUAAAGCAAUACAUUCGGUAUGUUUAUGUUUAUGCUGUGUUUUUAGUGUGUCAGUGGCUUUAUCUAUUCUAUACUGUACACACCUGUAAUAAUGUAUUAUGGAUGCAGCCAAGGGCCAACUCUGAAUUGUCAGUGACGAGUCAUUGGAAACGAUGGUUCGUCCUGGCAGUGCUGCCCUUGACGCUCGAUGCUCAUGGUCGCUCUUCACAUGGUUUGACUCUGGGGCUAAGCCGUUCCAUUUAUAGCUGCUCUAGCUCUGCGGAGAGGGGGUGCUUCGGCGCCACAUGACAUUGCUGUUUCACUUUCCGGCUGAGCAGGGGAACUUCUGGAAUGACUUCCACUGAGCAAAACAACGGUACGUCAGAAGUGUUUGGGAUGAGUGUCACAAGUGCAACAUCAACUGUCAUAUUGCUGUUCAUGCUCGUGUGCUGUCCUCAUCCUCCACCCUCCCACCCCGGCUGUCGACAAAACACUGAACACUCAACUUUUUUUUUUUUGCCAAAGCGGACUGGCAAGGCCUCCUAAGGACUUGGGAGUGCACGUGUCAUCCUUCCCUGCAACACUCGUACCAAAUCUUGUUCUCGUAAAAAUUACAGUAAUGGAGCAAAUCCUAUGCAUUUCUCAUUGUGCAAUAUGUAUAGUUGUCUGUGAUGCAGCAGUGCCAUCUGUCGUGAAAACCCCGUAAUUGCAAUCCAGUACUAGUGCUUCUAAGAGACCUCUGAUCCCAUGUGCAUUUCUGUUCAAGGAGCCCCAAGUCUUUCUGGGUAAGCAAGGCCGCCGGGUCUCUGCGCCAUAACGAUGUGAUUCUCCCCAGUCGCACUACUCAGUGAACCAGCCAGCCUUUAAUCUUCACUGUUUCUUUGUUUGUUUCUAUCGCUCAUUGGGAAAUGGUGAACUAAAGAACGGUGACUAAAGAACAUAAAAGAAUCUAGAGAAGGUAAAUUAUAUGUAGAAAUCAUAGAGUAACUAUAGAAAUUUUUAUCAGAGUUGUUAUUGUUAUCUGUAUCACAAUGAACUGCUAUCAUAGAAGAGAGUAGAUUAUGUUAUUGUAGGCUCGGUACAGCAUACAGGGAAAGGGAAAAUGCUUUGCUUUCUUUUUUGUUUGUUUGUUUAUUUACAUGAUUUUACCAAUAUGUUUUUUUAAAGUACAAGAGAAAAUAUUUAAAACAAAAAUUUUUUGAGUGAGCUUUUUUUUUUCUCCUCCUUGUUGACGGUGUCUGAGUUAAUAAAGUUGUUCAAGGCCUUUUUAGACAAUAUCCUAAAGUCACGUUAGCCAGGCCUUCUCAGGGGUGACAGGUUGAGCAAAUGCUAAAAAGACCAUCCAUUCAGGGUAUCCCUCCAUAGCUCAAGAGAGCAGGAAACACUGUACACAUGGAUGGAGUGAUUUAGAAAAUAAAAUAAACUAUAAGACCUACAGUGCUGUACAUGAGAGGACGAGGGGCGGAUUUUGGAAA